AUGCAGUGGCUGUCGCAUACCCACCCCGCCUCGGCGGCGUUAGCCAGUGCUAUGGUACAUGGAUGGUGGGGGUAUGAUACGUGCCUAUGCCUAGCCCACCCAUCGAGUGUAUCAUUGUACGCAUGGAAGCCCGUCUUCGCGAGCCCUAGUCAUGGCGAUGAGAGUACGAUGGAUCCCAGUCUGGUACACGUGCAUACCAUGGCCAUCCCUGCUCGGAUUCUCGGCCUGAAUGUAAUCGCCCAGGGCGAUGCGGAGACGUUAUGUAUCCUGACAGAUCAUCCAUCACCAUGCCUGAUGGUCCUCGCUGCUGACCCCCAGCGUGUAGGCGUCGUUCAUACAAAGCAUGUUUGGUCAUUGGAAGCUGCCCACCGCCCUCCUGCGGAAUUGGGCCUGGGGCUCUAUACAGAGCCAGCACAUAUACUCAACAACACCUCGCGCUGGGCCAUGACACAUCUCUAUACGGGCCACCUACAGCUCGUACCUUUGUCAUCUACGUCGCGCCCAGCCCUAGCUAUCAAACUGGAGCACCCUGAAUUGAUUCAUAGCGUGUUCCUGGAGCGUAUGCAUGUCAAUGAACCGCCCAUGAUCGCCUUGCUUUCCAUCUCGUCAGAGGCAGCUACGUCCGGCAUGCCUCUUGUUACAUUUCAUACCCUGGAUGCACGUCGUGAAGCAUUGAUCCAAGUCUCAUGGACGUCGUCUUCGGCCUCUCCACAUCCACGAUCUUCCAAGCGACGAAAAGAGCGCAAAGGGGACGAGCCAACGCAUGUGCCUAUACCCACCGACGAGGCGUUUGGCGCUCAGUACCUGGUGGCCAUGCCGGCGCAAGCUGGUGGCGGCCUCCUUGUGUUUUGCGAGCAUAGCAUAUUCCUGGUCUCACGUCCGUCGGCUCCACGACGAUCAGAGAAGGCCCAGCCCUUGCCGCCUUUGCAACAGAUUCGCGUUAAGCAUGCGAUGCGGGUAGUAAGCGCCAGUGUUGUGCCUCCUCCGCAGCGCAGUGAUCCUUUGCGCUGGGUUGAUGUGGUGUUUGCCACGGCACAAGGAUCAGUCUACCGACUCCAUAUGCAACCUACGGACAACUGGUCGGUGGCUACCAUGCGGAUGCAGCGUCUUUCUACGACGUGCGUGCCUACCAGCCCACACGGUGUACGAGCUUACACGGAUGGGCUUGUCAUCCUAGCAAGUGCGAUGGGAGAUUCCCUGCUAUGUCAUCAUGAUCCAUGGCGCGAGCUUCAUCGGUGGCCUAGUGCUGCCCCUAUGUUGGAUGUGCUGCCGUUGGACGAGGCCAACUCUGGAGGGCCGGCACAGGCCAUGCCUCUUCGUAUGCUUACAGCCAGUGGCGCAGGGCCUACAUGCAGUCUGCGGGUAUUGUCCCACAGUGCCACGUCCCAGACGCUAGCGACACUGCCUUUGCCUGGUCUCCUGCAUGUGCAUGCCUUGUCCUUCGAUGGGCCUGCGGAUGCCCUUGUCCUCGUGUAUACCCAUGAAUCGCACAUUGUCUCUCUGCAUGAGGGCCAGGUGCAUACCGACUGCAUAUGGCCCGCUCGUGUGCUUGAUGCUGUUGCCAUGGAACAUGCCUGUAUUUUCGCUACGAGCGAGGCGCUUCAUAUCCUGGACGCUCCGACGUUGGCUGAACGCCAUGUCCAUGCAUGGAUGCCCUCCCAGGGGACCAUCGUCGCAUGUGCCUUACUGCCCACUGGGCACGCUGUUGUCGGUCUGAGCACGCGUAUGGUCCUUGCACUUGUGUAUAUGCGAGAUGGAUGGCACGAGCAGGCGCGUUGGACGAUGGACGACGAUGUGGUAUGUGUGGCUCGCCAUGCCGAUCGUAUAGCGGUAGGGCUCUGGAGUCGGGACGUGCAUACACUAUCGCUGGACAAUGCUAGCGCACAGACUCUUUCCGUACCUGCUCUUCCCACCUCGCUGUGUCUCUUGGCCACGCCGUCCCCAUAUGUGGUGAUAGGUCUCGCAUCAGGGCAUGUGGCGUUAGGAUCAAAGGAGUCCGCAUCGCUCGUCCACCUAUGGGACUUGCAUGCCUAUACCAGCCCCAGCGCAGUGCAUGUGCGCUGUAUUGAGCUGCCUUCCUCGAUGCGCGCUGACACUAUCGCUGUGUUGGUUACUGGGACGAUGCCCACACUUCUCUAUGUCCAUCACGGUUUAUGGCAUGCCAGUGCAUGGCCAGUCGGCCCUCUCUAUGCCGCGGCGUGUAUCGCGGCCGACGUCGCCGCGCUUACGUUGGCCUGUGUGACGCCUAGUGGCCUUGCGUUCCAUGCAUUGCUGUCCGUGGCGGAAGCGCAUAGCACUUGCAUUCCUCUUGGUGUGCACCAACCUACGGCGCUAGUGCGUGUGAAUCCGCACCGAAUCGCCGCCUCGACAUGGCCCUCGCACCGUGCCGAGUUUGUCAUGGGCGAAGUCCGUGGCGCCAUUCGUUUGUUCGCUACGGAGACAUGGGAUCGUACAGCCGUGUACCAUCUGCAUGUCAAUGAGCGCCCCCAAGCUAUGACGUGCGUGACAGUGCAUGGCCAACGUAUUCUUGUCGUCGGCACAGCGUAUGUCCUUCCUGAUCAGCCUACGUCGACAUCUGGGCGCCUUCUUCUCAUGCCGUGCGAGGCCUAUGGCGCAGCGUGGACACCGACGUACGCCCUAGACGUGCCUGGCGCUGUGCAUGGCCUCGCCUUUGUGCGUGGGUUCCUUGUCGCGGCCGUGCACACACGCGUUCAUACCUACGCGAUCACACCCGAUAGCCUAGCCGUCCGAGCCCAGUGGGGCUGUGCGUACCUGGCCAGCUGCUUGGUCGCCAGUGGGACAAAUAUCGUGCUAGGCGAUGCGAUGCAUUCUAUGACCAUCCUGGACGUCGACGACGAAGGUGAGCUCCACGAAUGUGCGCGGGAUAUGGAUCCGUACUGGACGACAGCCGUCGCCGCGUACAAUCCAGCGCAGCAGCAGUACGUGGGAGCGGACAUUGCUAUGAAUGUAUUUUUGGCUGAGCGCGUAACGUACGAGGCCAAGGCCCCGAUGCCAAGUCCCUGGAGUCACGUUAUGCGACGCAGUGCAUCGUUCCAUUACGGGGAUCUGGUGAACAAAUUUGUCUUUGACGGGACCAAGGUGUUUCUGGCUACCGCUUCCGGCGCAGUAGGAUGUCUACGGCCUAUUCCUGCGGACCUAAUAGCGUCCCUUGCCUGUACCCAACAAGCCAUUCUGCGCACACGGACUUUGCCAGGGCACAUUCGCUGGACGACAUGGCGGACGCUACGCACAGAGACUCAUACCGCGCCGCCGACGGGCCUAGUGGAUGGCGAGAUUGUGCGCACGUUGUUGGACGUGGACGAGGCCACACGCUCGGCUCUAUGGGCUGCGAUGGAACGUGAAGCAGAGCAACAUACACCGCCGCUAUUGAUCCAUCGUGAAAAGAUACUGGCUUGGCUGUCCACCGUACUAGGCGAGCAGCCCUUGGUCAAUGUACCGCGAUCCCACAUGCUGGAGUAG